AUGUACCUCAGUUACGUGGGUACGUCGGUUCAGGUUGCUGCCGAUUGGACGUGUACUAUUACGCCUUUCUUCAUCGUCUAUUCACUACAGAUGAACAGGCGUAGUAAGCUAGCGGUCGUCGCGGUUCUAGGGCUAGGCGUGCUGGCUAGUAUAGCUGCCCUUAUGCGCAUUGUGUCCUACAAGUACAUCGACAUCAACAACUACCCCAAGGACGCCAUGUGUAUGUAUCCCAAGGCCGGCUUCUUCUUUGGUCUACUCUAG